UUCUCGCGAGAUUUCGUUCCAGCCGGGUUCCUAACUCGGCCUCGCACCGGCUCCGUGGAUUCCCCAGCCGGGUCCGGAGCGUGGCGCGCUCGGCCUCCGGAGGGAAGUGGGUGCGGGGCGGGCCGUCCGGGUGGAGAUCCUGCCGGUGCCUCGGAGGCGGGCGGAAAGCGACCCCGGGGACCGCGGCUGAAGCGCGCAGCGUGCGCAGGCGCGGACGCCGCUCGCUCGCUCGCUCGCUCGCUCCCGCCUGCCUGCCUGCCGGGGCCGCGGCGGAGGCCGGGCGUGAGCAGCGGCGUGAGCAGCGCGCCGCGGGCGGAUGGAGGCGCCUCCCCGCCGCGCCUGAGCCGGUGCCCAGAAGAGGCCGCGGGGCCGCGCUCUCCCCGCCAGAGCCGCAGCAUGGUUGACUAUAUUGUGGAGUUUGACUAUGAUGCUGUACAUGAUGAUGAAUUAAGUAUUCGAGUUGGGGAAAUCAUCAGAAAUGUGAAAAAACUACAGGAAGAAGGGUGGUUAGAAGGAGAACUAAAUGGGAGAAGAGGAAUGUUCCCUGACAAUUUUGUUAAGGAAAUUAAGCGAGAGACAGAACCCAAGGAUGACAAUUUGCCCAUCAAACGGGAGAGGCAUGGAAAUGUAGCAAGUCUCGUACAGCGAAUCAGUACAUAUGGACUUCCAGCUGGAGGAAUUCAGCCACAUCCACAAACCAAAGCUAUUAAGAAGAAGACAAAAAAGCGUCAGUGUAAAGUUCUUUUUGAGUACCUUCCACAAAAUGAGGACGAGCUGGAACUGACAGUGGGGGAUAUCAUUGAUAUUAACGAAGAGGUAGAGGAAGGCUGGUGGAGCGGAACCCUAAACAAUAAGUUGGGACUUUUCCCCUCAAACUUUGUGAAAGAGUUAGAGCUCACGGAUGAUGGUGAAACUCAUGAAGGUCAGGACGAAUCAGAAAUAGCCUUGACUGGCUCUACCUCACCUUUACUAUCUCCGGGGAAUGCGAGUGAAACUGCUCCUGGAUCAGUUACACAGCCAAAGAAAAUUCGAGGGAUUGGAUUUGGAGAUAUUUUUAAAGAAGGCUCUGUGAAACUUAGGACAAGAACAUCCAGUAGUGAAACAGAAGAGAAGAAACCAGAAAAGCCCUUAAUCCUGCAGUCACUGGGAUCCAGAACCCAGAAUGUGGAGGUGACAAAACCAGACACUGAUGGCAAGAUUAAAGCUAAGGAAUAUUGUAAAACAUUAUUUGCCUAUGAAGGAGCCAAUGAAGAUGAACUUACUUUUAAACAAGGAGAGAUAAUCCAUUUGAUAAGUAAGGAGACUGGAGAAGUAGGCUGGUGGAAGGGGGAGCUUAAUGGCAAAGAAGGGGUGUUCCCAGAUAACUUCGCUGUUCAGAUAAGUGAGCUAGAUAAGGACUUUCCGAAACCAAAGAAACCACCUCCUCCUGUAAAGGGUCCAGCUCCAAAGCCUGACUUGCUAGCUGCAGAGAAGAAAGUUUUUCCUCUAAAGUCUGAAGAAAAAGAUGAAAAAUCACUGCUGGAACAGAAACCUUGUAAACCAGCUGCUCCUCAAGUCCCACCCAAAAAGCCUACUCCUCCUACCAAAGCCAAUAAUUUAUUGCGGUCUCCGGGAACAGUGUACCCAAAGCGACCAGACAAACCAGUUCCUCCUCCACCUCCAGCAGCCAAAAUUAAUGGAGAAGUUUCUACAAUUUCUUCAAAGAUUGAAACUGAGCCAGUAUCAAAACCAAAGCUAGAUCCUGAACAAUUGCCAGUUAGGCCAAAAUCAGUAGACUUUGAUGUCUUUUUAGUCAGAAACUCUAAAGAAACAGAUAUUGUAAAUUUUGAUGACAUAGCUUCCUCAGAGAACUUGUUACAUCUCACUGCAAAUAGACCCAAGAUGCCUGGAAGAAGAUUGCCUGGCCGCUUCAAUGGUGGACAUUCUCCAACUCAAAGCCCAGAAAAAAACUUGAAGUUACCAAAAGAAGAAGAUAGUGGCAACCUAAAGCUGUUGGAGCUUAAAAAGGAUACAAGCUACUCUUCAAAGCCAUCUCUCUCAACACCUUCAAGUGCUUCUAAAGUAAAUACAUCUGCUUUCCUAACUUCAUUAGAACUCACAGCUAAAGCAGAAGCAGAUGAUGGGGGAAAAAGUUCCCUGGAAGAACUUAAAGCCCAGAUUAUUGAAUUAGUGUGUAUUGUAGAUGCAUUGAAAAAGGAUCAUGGGGAAGAACUGGAAAAGCUACGCAAAGAAUUAGAAGAAGAGAAGGCCAUGCGGAAUAAUCUAGAGGUGGAAAUCGCAAAACUGAAGAAAGCUGUUCUGUCUUCUUGAGGUGGUGUGGACCCAGUGUUCUUAAUGCUCCAGGGAUUUAGGAGCAACACUGUGAACUGAGCUGACUUGUUAAGACAACAGAUAUGGUGUUGUGAUGAAGAAAUGAGGACAUGAACUAAUAUCUAUUGAAAAGUUAGGGGGUGACACUUUUUUUUUAUAUAUAUAUAUAUUUUGUUUUGCCAAUAUGGAAAAAAAAGAGGCCUUAUUUCUUACUGUGCUGGGAGAGCAAACGUUUCUGUUGUUUGCUUAAAAAUACUACUGAAUCUGUAUAAAAAGGAAUGAAAGUUCACAAUAGUUUUUUUAUUGAGACUUGUAUUAUUUUUAAAGAGUUCUAUACUAUAAAUAUCAUACUAUCUUUACAAAUAAGCUGUAAGAUAAACUUUUUGAGAUGGACGGGUUAGCUUUAUAGUAACUAGAGCCACUGCUUUUCUGUGAUACAUAUGGACAUAAACUUGUAUACAUACUCUUCAUACACCACACACACACACACACACACACACACACACUUUUAGCUUCUUACCCAGGACUACACUGUUGUGCCUGUUUGUCUGCAGUGCUGUUUGUAUAUUUGGUGAUAAAGUAGGAGUUCCUAGUUACCAGGUUCCUCACCCAUGCAGAAUUAAUCAUUAAUGAAAUAAUAAAAAUAAACUUCUAGAGUGUUCUAUAAUGCUCAUACUAUAGGAUUCAUUAAAGGAAGUUAGGUAAAUUAUACUGGAUUAAGCUUUGGAAAAAUAGGAGCCUUGUUCUCAAUUCAUGUGGCCUAAGGACUCGAAAAAUGUCAUGCUAAAUUUGUGCCUAAACACAUGUAAAAUAUGUAAACACCAGCCACAUUGCUGUAUUCUUACGCUCAUUCUACAGUCCUGAAUAUUACUCAUUUCAUAUAAUUUUCACUAAUGAUAAUCUUAGGAAACAAAGCCUCUAAACCCAGAUCUUUUCAAAAUUUCAUAAUGAGGGUCCAUAUUGGGAAAGCUAUUGUGAAAACACUCAGGUUUUACAGACAUAAUUUAUCUAAUAGAACAAACUAACUCCUAGAGAUAUUUUGGACUGUUACUUAUGUAAAAUGUUAAAAGAGUGUUAGUAUUUCACACAUGGUAACAUUAUAGGUUAUGUAAAUCAAAUAUAAUUGGCCAUAUUGAAGAUCAUUUCAGGAUGGAUACUUAGCCAUUCUUCAGCAUCACAAAUCAACAAUUGAACAUCUUGGAUCAGUUCAACCACAUUCAGGGUGGUAUGCUUCAGACCAGGCAGACAUUUAAAAAUGUUGUAUUUGUAGGGCACCAUGUCUAAAAAUAAAGAGGUUAAUUUUAAAAUGGGAAAUGUUUUUAUUUGUUAAAAAUCAAAAGUUAGAUUUUAAGGUUUACUUUAGUAAAUGAAUGUCAGAUUGAAGGUAUCAUGCUUCUUUAAACAAAAAUCCAAUACUUUUUCUUUACAUUUUAAUCUUAAAAUAGAAAAAUCUUUUAAAAUAAGAUUUCUUGUGUUGCUUCAAAUAAAAGAGAACUGAAGUAGAAGAUAAUAGAAUUGCCAACACAAAGUUACACUUGAUUAACUUCUGGGGACAGCAUUAAUUGUAUAUCAAGUGUGCAUUUUAGCUUUUUUGGAUGUUUGACAAAGGGUCUUAUGUAUCCCGGGCUGGACUUGACCUUGUUUUGUAGCAAAGAUGAUGUUAAACUUCUGAUCCUCCUGCUUCUGCCUCCCAAGUGCUAAGAUGACAGACAUGCGCUGUGUCUAUCCAUUUUAACCCUUUCAAGUCUAAGCUCCUCUCAUGAGAGGUGACAGAUGAAUGAAAUUGUUCCAUUUUAUCUUUAAGUGAUUAGUCAAAUGAAUUACUGCUUGCUAAUAAGUUAGCUCUUAAUGACAGUCUUCAGGUGAAAGCAAACUAUUCCAUCCUAGAAAUCAUCCUUUACCUUCCCCAAUGGACAUUAAUCUCCACCCACAAAGCUGGGUGGGAAAGGCUCCAACAGUUCAAGGUGUGUUAUUGAAGGUUAUUUUAAUAGAAAAGUAACAUAAAUAUUCAACAGUAGGCGAGUGACUAAUGUAUGCUUUCUGGACAAAUAUAUAGCUCAUAGAUGCCAAUUAAAAUGCAAAAACAAAAUGGGAAAAUAAUUCUAAUAGAAAAACAGAUAACAGAAAACAAUUCAUGUGAUGUAAACAUGAUUAAGGAAAGUAGUAGCACAACACUUAUUGUAUAUUAAAUGUAUAUUCAUGUGCAAUUUGGUUCCUUUCUGAACUGUUACGUAUCAUUGAUCUUGGCCCUGGCAAUACGUAUAUUUUAAUACUUGUAAGCUAUUAAAAAGGUUUGUUGGAGUUGUGUAUGGUGACAAUAUGCCUGUAGCUUGGAGACUAAGGAAGGAAAAUCAUGAGUUGGAGGCCAGCCUGUGCUGCAUAGGGACCCUAUGUCCACAAGAAAGGAAACACUCUUCUUUGAUGGUGGUGGUGGGUAUUUUGCACUAAUUCUUUCAGUCAGAACGGCAGUGGGUGCUGCAGUACAUGCUUCUCAGUCAGAAUGGAGAAGUCAUGCUGGCUUUUUUUUUCUUUCUUCUGUAUGUCUGUUCUUCUGCCUUUAACAAAAUUCAGAAAAAACAAGCAAGCUUGAACUUAUUUAAAGGGAAAAAAUGAUUCCUUUAAAGUAGUAUUUUGCCAGUAUUUGCCCUUGAUAUGGGAACUUUUACUUACUCCUAAUGUCACAAAAUGAUAGUAAUAGUAACUUCUCCCCAUGUAUUAGUAUAAAAGACAGCAUUGAAUCUGUCAUUGCCAAAUUACUAGUGGAUGUAUAGUUCAGUUUUGCUGUUCUUUGAAACACAAUACUACUAAGUUUCCAAUGGAAUUUCAAUGUUAUUUUGGUGUGUUUAUGACCACUACGCCUAUUUCUUAUUAAAAAGCUGUUACCUCUAAAGAACUGUGUAGGAUUUCACUGAAAAGUCUGAAGAUGCAAAGAGAGUAUGGCCUGGUUUAAUAGACGAUUUUUUUUUAAACACUCCUUACUGUGAUCACAGACAAGAAAAAUGUUCCAAGUGUGUUGUAUGUUUUUUGAUGAAUGUUUUAGGCUUGCAUUGAAACUUGAAAUGUAUGAGCAGAAUGAGACAAUCUUUACAAUCAGAAUUGAGAAGUGUUACAGUUGAAUGGCCUUGUGCUGUAGCAAUAAAAUGACCAAGUGCAAUGACUUUAAUAAAAUCAUCUUUUAAACGUU